GGCCGGGAGGAGCCCUCCUGCAGAGCCGGCGCCCCCUGGUGGCCUUAUUGGAGGCCCUCGACUCCCUUUAUCGCUGGUCAGACUCUUGGAAUGGGGAGCCCCCUCCCCGCCUGCCGCCUAGGGGUGACGGACUACACCAAGGAAAAUCCAAAUUGGAAACUACAGCAGGAAAGAAAGGGAAAUGAGGCCCUCACGUGGCCACCCUCCCCCAGUCCCCUUGUCCGUCUUAGGGAUUCGUUCCAGUUGUUCGUGCCAGAGAGCGUCUAGCUGGAACUUAUUCCUGGCAAUGCCCUGUAAACUGGACACUGGCUCUGCACACCAGAUCGGGUGGAGUUGGUCUUGAUGGCCAGGGGCCACCUUGCACGUCUGUGUGCUCCGCAGGUGACUUCAGGGGAGGGGGGACAGGAGGCUGUGGGAGCUGUAGGAGGGCUGAGCACACAGAACUCUCCGGAUUUGCUGCCCUUGGUGCUCAAGCUGACACCUGGUCUGUCCAGCCCGUGCGUGGACAGGCGCUGCCUCUGCCCCCUGGGUGCUCUUAGCACUGAUGACACAGGCGGGGGCCGAUGGCCCUGCAGCGGGAUCUCACCCAGGGUCUUCAGCUCCACAGGCGUGGGGACCUGGCAGUAGGACCGGCCACAGGGAAGUCCGCCGCGGUGAAGGAUGCUCGCAGAGCCAGUUCCAGCCGCCCAGGAGCAGGAGCAGCUGGGCGCCGUCAAGCUGGAGGAGGAAGAGGAGGUCGGGCAGGAGGAUCCCCGGCGGACAGAGGCCAGGCCCCGGCCCGAGGUGGCCCACCAGCUGUUCAGAUGCUUCCAGUACCAGGAGGACAUGGGGCCGCGGGCGUCCCUGGGCCGGCUGCGGGAGCUGUGCCGCCACUGGCUGCGGCCAGCUCUGCACACCAAGAAGCAGAUCCUGGAGCUGCUGGUGCUGGAGCAGUUCCUGAGCGUGCUGCCCCCGCACCUGCUGCACCGCCUGCAGGGCCAGCAGCUCCGCGACGGCGAGGAGGUGGUGCUGCUGCUGGAGGGCAUCCCUGGGGAGGCCAGCCACUCGGGGCCUCUGGAUUUCAGUUUCAGUGCUGGCAAAAAUUGUCCCCGCGCAGACAUCCCCUCGGGUGAACAGGGGGACCUCUCCCAGGCCCCCGGCCACAGCCCCAAAAAGGAAGUGCCCUCCGAAGAGCCCGCAGCCCUCGCUCCACCCAGUGAACCGGCUCUGGCCCCACCAGGGCCCACCAAGCCUUCCGACCUGGGAGAGUGGAGCCGGGCCACAAGUUCAAGGCAGCCAUCCAGCCCGGCUCCCCAGUGGACGCUCCAGGUCUCGCCCGACAGCUGUGAGGAGCCGGAGCUUGGUGAAGCCAGGGAUCCGAUGUGUGCGGAGCCCCAGGGCCCCGCACUGUGGUCGGAGCAGAAUUCCCGGGAUCAGGAGCUGGCAGCCGUGCUGGAGUCCUUGACCUUUGAGGAUGUCCAGGAGAAAAAGACUGGACCUGCACACCCUCUGGGAUUCGGAGGCACAACCACGGACAAGGAUGAGUUUAAAAAGGAAGAACCCAGCGGGGCGGCCUGGCCCCCUGCCACCGAAGCAGAUUCCAAGGCCCCAGAGCCGCCCGCACAGUCGCCGGGGCCAGGCCCGGAGGCGAGCUGCACGGGUGCAGGGGGCUCCCCUUCCAGCAGUGGCGAAGUUUUAGAGGCUACUGCGCCGGGGGCCGCCGCCUCCUCCGAUGAACAGCUGCAGUUCCUAUGCACCGAGUGCGGGGUAAGCUUCCGGCAGCUGUCCCGGCUGAAGGCGCACCAGCUCCGCUCUCACCCGCAGGCGCGCUCCUACGUGUGCCUGUGCUGCGGCAAGAGCUUUGGCCGAAGCUCCAUCCUCAAGCUGCACAUGCGCACUCACACGGACGAGCGGCCGCACGCCUGCCACCUCUGCACCCACCGCUUCCGCCAGAGCUCGCACCUGACCAAACACCUGCUAACGCACUCCUCCGAGCCCGCCUUCCUGUGUGCCGAGUGUGGCCAGGGCUUCCAGCGUCGCAGCAGCCUGGUGCAGCACCUGCUGGCGCACACCCAGGACCAGAAGCCCGCGUGCGCCCCGGAGGCCAAGACAGAGGUGCCGGAGCUGACCGUCAUCCUGUGCACCCACUGUGGCCAGAGCUUCCAGCACCGCUCCAGCCUCAAGCGCCACCUGCGCAUCCACGCCAGGGGCAAAGACCACCGGUGCUCCGAACCCUCUAGCAGCCCCAGCCCGAAAACCAAGAGCAGGCCCUACGUGUGCGGGGACUGCGGCAAAGCCUUCCGGCGCAGUGAGCACCUGGUGACCCACCGGCGCCUGCACACAGGGGAGCGGCCCUUCUCGUGUGAGGCCUGCGGCCGCAGCUUCACACAGAGCUCCCAGCUGGUCAGCCACCAGCGUGUGCACACCGGUGAGAAGCCCCACACUUGCGCGCAGUGCGGCAAAAGCUUCGUGCGGCGGGCCGGGCUCGCCCGCCACCUGCUGACGCACGGCGGCCUGCGGCCCCACCACUGCGCUCAGUGUGGCAAGAGCUUCAUGCAGACGCAGGACCUGGCCCGCCACCUGCGCAGCCACACGGGCGAGAAGCCCUGCCGCUGCAGCCAGUGUGGCGAGGGCUUCAGCCAGAGCGCGCACCUAGCGCGCCACCAGCGCAUCCACACCGGGGAGAAGCCGCAUGCCUGCGACACGUGCGGCCACCGCUUCCGCAACAGCUCCAACCUGGCCCGCCACCGGCGCAGCCACACCGGGGAGCGGCCCUACAGCUGCCCAACGUGUGGCCGCAGCUUCCGGCGCAACGCCCAUUUGCAGCGGCACCUGGCCACGCACGCGGGGUCGGGCCACGAGGCUGAGGCCCCCCAGGAGUGCCCGGAGUGUGGCAAGACCUUCAGCCGCAGCUGCAACCUGCUGCGCCACCUGCUCGUGCACACCGGCGCCAGGCCCUACCCCUGCUCCCAGUGUGGCCGCAGCUUCAGCCGCAACUCGCACCUGCUGCGCCACCUGCGGACCCACACCCGGGAGACGCUGUACUAGCCUCGCCACACGCACCCCUGCCUGGGAGACCCUGUACUAGCCUCGCCACACGCGCCCCUGCCUGCGGCACCGCCCCUGCCACGCACGCCUCUCUCUGGCUUCACGUUGGGCCUCUGUUUCUGUGACACCUCAUGCCCCCACUAAAAAGGCCUUUAGAAAACAGUACCCCUGUUUCCUCCUAAAGCCACCACAAGGCCAUGGCGAAGUCUUUCUCAUGUCCCCAUCCCAGCCCUUCUCCAAUGGGCUCCGUGGGAGCUGGGUGGGGAGGGGGCCAGCUGACCCCGGGCAGUUGCAGGGAGGCCCAAGGAAUCUCACUCUGCAAUUUUUUCUUGCCCAGUCUAACCCCUGAACCUGAGCAGUCUGAUCCGGUAGCGGCCAGCCUUCCAUGGGUCUUUACAUUUAAAUUAAUUAAAGGCAAAUGAGAGGCUGGCGCUGCGGCUCACUAGGCUAAUCCUCUGCCUUGCGGCGCUGGCACACCGGGUUCUAGUCCCGGUCGGGCGCCGGAUUCUGUCCCGGUUGCCCCUCUUCCAGGCCAGCUCUCUGCUGUGGCCAGGGAGUGCAGUGGAGGAUGGCCCGAGUACUUGGGCCCUGCACCCCAUGGGAGACCAGGAUAAGUACCUGGCUCCUGCCAUCGGAUCAGUGUGGUGCGGCAGCCAUUGGAGGGUGAACCAACGGCAAAGGAAGACCUUUCUCUCUGUCUCUCACUGUCCACUCUGCCUGUCAAAAACAUAAAAAAAAUAAAAUAAAAAAAAGGCAAAUGAGAAGUAAAAUCCUGGAUGGUAGAUUAUUGUGGAAAACCUCUUGUUCUGGAACCUUGCUAACUUUUCAAACUGAAGGAACAUGAGCUGCCUGCAGCUCACGUCGGGCUGGGCUGACAGAACCUCCUCAGCCCUCGCUGGCUCCUGCACAGGCCCUGCCUCUGGGUGCCCGUAAAUCAGGUGGUUUCCAUGAAGCCACAAGAGAGUCAAAGCCCAGAGGCACCCACCCUUCCUGUUUGUGAGGUCUGAUGGUUUUCAAGAAAAACAGCUCCAUGUCUCGGUUAU